AUGUUCCCUCUAGGCUUGCUGAGGUCACCCAGUGAGGCAGUGACCGAGCUCUGGAGGUCAUCUGCCUGCCUCUUGGUGCCCCAGAACCCUCUUCUAACACUCGUUACCAAAUCUCUCUUCAGGGACCGGGUAGCUCGCAUCGGGCUAGGUGUCAUCCUGAACCUGGCCAAGGAGCGAGAGCCGCUGGAGCUGGCCCGCAGCACUGCCGGCAUUUUGGAGCAUAUGUUCAAGCACUCGGAGGAGACGUGCCAGCGGCUGAUCUCUUCUGGCGGCCUGGAUGCUGUGCUCUUCUGGUGCCGCCGCACAGACUCUGCGCUCCUGCGCCACUGUGCCCUGGCGCUGGCCAACUGUGCCCUGCAUGGCGGCCAGGCGGCCCAGAGGCGCAUGGUGGAAAAGCGAGCCGCCGAGUGGCUCUUCCCGCUGGCCUUCUCCAAGGAGGACGAGCUGCUCCAGCUGCACGCCUGCCUGGCUGUGGCCGUGCUGGCCACCAACAAGGAGAUCGAGCGCGAGGUGGAACGCUCCGGCACUCUGGCCCUCGUGGAACCCCUCGUGGCCUCCCUGGAUCCCGGGCGCUUUGCCCGCUGCCUGGUGGACGCCAGCGACACAAGCCAAGGUUGGGCAGCCGAUGACCUGCAGCGCCUCGUGCCCCUGCUGGACUCCUCGCGCUUGGAGGCGCAGUGCAUAGGGGCCUUCUACCUCUGUGCUGAGGCGGCCAUCAAGAGCCUUCAGGGCAAGAGUAAGGUGUUUAGUGAAAUUGGAGCCACACAAAGCCUGAAGCGGCUGGUUUCCUACUCAACCAAUGGUACGACAUCAGCUCUGGCCAAGCGGACCCUGCGUCUGGUGGGUGAGGAGGUACCCCGGCGUAUCCUGCCUUGUGUACCUAGUUGGAAGGAGGCUGAGGUUCAGACUUGGCUACAGCAGAUUGGCUUCUCCAAGUACUGUGAGCGCUUCUGGGAGCAACAGAUAGAUGGAGACCUGUUGCUGCGUCUGACAGAGGAAGAGCUUCAGAAUGACCUGGGAAUGGAAUCUGCCAUCACUCGCAAGAGAUUCACCCGGGAACUCACAGAACUGAAGACCUUUGCGAACUAUGCGACGUGUGACCGUAGCAACCUUGCAGACUGGCUGGGGAGCCUGGACCCCCGAUUCCGCCAGUAUACCUAUGGGCUGGUGAGCUGCGGUGUGGACCGCACAUUGCUGCACCGGGUUUCUGAGCAGCAGCUCCAGGAAGACUGUGGCAUCCGCAUCGGUUUCCACCGAGUUCGAAUCCUCAAUGCUGCCCGUGAGAUGCUGCACUCGCCCCUGCCCUGCAGUGGCUGCAAGUCGAGCUGCGAGAACCCCGAUGUCUUUAUCAGCUACCGCCGGAGCUCAGGCUCCCAGCUUGCCAGUCUUCUGAAGGUACACCUCCAGCUCCACGGCUUCAGUGUCUUCAUUGAUGUGGAAAAGCUGGAGGCCGGCAAGUUUGAGGACAAGCUGAUCCAGAGCGUCAUGGGCGCCCGGAAUUUUGUGCUGGUGCUGUCCUCUGGGGCGCUGGACAAGUGCAUGCAGGAUCACGACUGCAAGGACUGGGUCCAUAAGGAGAUUGUGACUGCCCUAAACUGUGGGAAGAAUAUCGUGCCCGUGAUGGAUGGCUUCGUGUGGCCUGAGCCUCAGUCAUUGCCAGAAGACAUGCAGGCGGUGCUCAAAUUCAAUGGCAUCAUGUGGUCCCAUGAAUACCAGGAGGCCACCAUCGAGAAGAUCAUCCGCUUCCUGCAGGGCCGCUCAUCCCGGGAUUCCUCUGCUGGCUCUGACAACAGCCUAGACAGUGACCUCAAGAUGGGGACAAGCCAACCGGAAAGGAGGUAGGGAAGAUGAGGCUGAAGUCCCCUCCUUCCCCAACUGAGAGAAUGGACCUCGUGGAAGUGGAAUGUGGAAGAGAUCUGUGGGCUCUCCAUUGGUUGGUGAUAAUAGGCCUUAACACCUCCAGGGAGAAAAGGGCUGGGAAGGCCUUCAUGGCUCCUACGUGAGCUUUCUGUUCUUGGGGUCCAGUAGGCUUGGCUUAGCUCAGGACACAUUUAGGAACACGGGGCUUCAUCUAAAGCCAUCACUCCACCCUGACUCAGGGCGUCUCCAGGGGAACCAGCAGUUACAAAGCUCUUGGUACCCAUGGGAUCUCACCAGGUGGAUUCUGGUGCCCUCUAACGGGAGACU